CAGGAAGAGAAAGCUGUGAGUGUAUGUGUGUGUGUGUGUGUGUGUGUGUGUGCAGUCAUGGACCUGCGCUCGGAGCUCCUCAAGUCCAUCUGGUUCGCUUUCACGGCGCUGGACGUGGAGAAGAGCGGCAAAGUGUCCAAGUCUCAGCUGAAGGUUCUGUCUCAUAAUCUGUGUACAGUUCUGUGUAUCCCUCACGACCCGGCUGCUCUGGAGGAACAUUUCCGUGAUGAUGACGACGGGCCGGUGUCCAGUCAGGGCUACAUGCCGUACCUCAACAAGUACAUCCUUGAUAAGGUGGAGGAGGGCAGGUUUGUGAAGGAGAACGUGGACGAGCUCUGCUGGACUCUCACAGCCAAGAAGAACUACAGGCCGAAGGGGGACAGCAUCCUGCCUCAGAAGGACGCCUUCCGGUUCUGGUGUCUCUUUAUCUUCCUCUCGGAGGACAAAUAUCCGCUGGUGAUGAUCCCUGAUGAGGUGGAGUACCUACUAAAGAAGCUGUGUAUGGCCAUGAGUGUGGAGCUGAACUGUGUGGAGCUGGAGGACUUUAUUUCCCAGGAUUCCAUUCAGCAGAACGGUUUCAGCGUGUGGGCGUUCCUGGAGAUGAUGAAUUCCGGGAAGCUCACCAGAGGACUUACCAAGGAGACGAUCAGUAUGGCCAUCGAGGAGGUGUAUCGAGAGAUAGUGGGAGACGUACUGAAGGAGGGCUACCUGUGGAAGAAGGGUCAGUUAAGGAGGAACUGGACGGAGCGCUGGUUCACGCUUAAGCCGAACUCUCUGGACUACUACGUCAGCGAGGACCGCAAAGAGCGCAAGGGAAACAUCACACUGGACACCAACUGCUGCGUAGAGGUUCUACCAGACAGAGAUGGGAAGAGGUGUAUGUUCUGUCUGAAGACCAUCUCCAAGACGUUCGAGCUCAGCGCCUCAGACACCAAACAGCGUCAGGAGUGGACAACAGCGAUCCAGACGGCGAUCCGGCUCUACGCAGAAGGGAAGUGCUCCCUGCAUAAGGAGCUGAAGCUGAAGCGGCGAGAGCAACGUGAGCGCAGAGAAAGGAGGCGGGAGGAGAAGGAGCAGGAGCUGCAGCACCUCCACCUGCUGCAGGAAGAACGCGAGCGCAAGAACGCUGAGCUGGAGCUGCUGAAGGAGGCGCAGAGGCAGGCGCAACUACUGCUGGAACAAGAGGAACAGCGAAGACGCGAACAACACGAACAGCUCCAACAAGCUCUGGAGCUCCAGCUGAGGGAGGCGCAGGAGGCUCGUGUGUUUAUGCAGGCUGAGAUGGCGCUAAAGGAGGAGGAGGCAGAACGUCAGAGGAGACGGAUCCGAGAGCUGGAGGAGCUGCAGCAGAGGUUAGAGGAAGCACUGAGGCAGGAGAUCAAAGCGAGACAGGAUGAAGAGCAGCACCGAUACAAACAAGCCAGGUUGCUGGAGGAGGAGGAGGACAAGAUGAAGUCUCUGAUGACUCUGCAGGAGGAGCAGGAGGAGUUCAUUCAGAGAGAGCAGAAGGAGAAGCAGGAGCUCAAGCAGGAGAUGGAGAACAAAACACGAGCGCUGGAGGAGGCGCAAAAACAGCUGGAGGAGAUCAGAGCUAACAGACACAGAGUCGAGCAGGAUGUGGUGGCUGCUCAAAGGAAGCUCCGGCAAGCGAGCACUAACGUCAAACACUGGAACGUACAGAUGAAUAGACUGAUGCAUCCGAUUGGACCAGGAGGUAGUGAGAAGCGGUCGUCCACAGGAGGCUACUCCAGUUUCCGCAUCCCGCCGCAGAAGGAUCCGGCGCUGCGGCUCAGACGGACCAGCAGCGAACAGGACGAAGAAGGCAAAGAGAACACGGCGGAGAACCGACUCUCAAAGGCCUCCAACGGAACCAUGGACACGCACUGAGGGGCGGGGCUGACCCAAUCCAUCCCUCGGGUUCAGUUUUUACUGGCAGGGUGCUGACUGGUGUGACCAAUGAUCACAAAUAUACAUAUGAGAGAGAGAGAGAGAGAGAGAGAGCACUACUGAGGCCAUCACUUCAGUAGCGUGAAUCUCCUGAAACCCCACAGACUCACAGUGACUUACCUCAGUACUUAACGUUUUCUUUAAGAUGCAUUUAAUGCAGAAAGUCCAGAAUUUAACACGGCUCCUGUGUUUACACACUUAUAGUCGAAAAUAUUAACUGUACACACACACGUUUUUGUUUCAUCCUGAAUUUUGCUUGUAGAUGUAUACAUGAUGUAGAUUAUGUACACAGACGCGUGCUGAUUCCACUCGUCUUAGCAAGACUCGGCCUCGACGUCCUCCAUGAGGUGACGACGUUCUGCUUCCAUAAACAACCUGACGAUACUGUGGAGCAAACGGAUGAGGUUCCAACAAGUGUGGAAAAGUUGGUUUCCUUCAUGGUUAACUUGGUGUCUCUCAUGUGUUACUAGCAUGCUAAACUCUCCGUUUUUUUUAUCCCUCAGCAUUUCCUUUCCCCUCAUGGUCUACAUUAUGUUUAUAUUCUCCCAUCACAAAACAAUCAUCUUCUAGCCGGCAUGGAAAUGAUCAUGAAAUUUCAACAGCGCCACCUGCAGCACCGGAGCACUCAUCAUUCAUUCAUAAAGGUUCAGUGAAUAAACUCAAGAGAGUGAUUUCAUCUUUAUCUAUCUACACCUCAGUGUCAUUGAGUAUGCUGAGGCCUGAAGUGUGCUUGUAAACGAAGCUGAUGUUUAUUCUGUAUGCCACAUUAUGGUUUUGUUUGCUUCAUCUGCAUGUAAAGGCUACGUGUACAAUAAAAUCACCAUGAUGCACAAAA